GGCGCCCGGCUGCGGGGGUCGCCGAGGAACCCCCCCAGCUUCUUCGUACGACGCCCAACAAAGCGAUAUUGGGGUGAAGAUGAAGAAAUCCCUCUUCUCCCUCCUUUCCCCCCCACACGCACAGCGCAUGCGGCUUCCCCAACCCUCCCCUCCUUUUCCUCCUCCUCCUCACAGCCCGACCCACCCGCUGACGGCGAUCGACCGCGCCGGUCCUCGCCAUGGCAGCCCGGGUUCUGAAGCCGCUACCCAGGCUGAAACCACUCAACAGACUGCAAGUGAUACUGCAACAUGUGAAAAUGUCCCAGCAUACAGACUCGACAGCUGAAGUGCUCUUGGAAAAGAGAGGGGGUGCAGGAGUAAUAACUUUGAACAGGCCCAAGGUUCUCAAUGCACUAAAUAUUUCUAUGAGCCAGCAAAUUUAUUCACAGCUAAAGACUUGGGAGCAAGAUCCUGAGACUUUUCUAAUAAUUAUAAAGGGAUCUGGAGGAAAAGCUUUCUGUGCUGGGGGUGACAUCAAAGCCAUCUCAGAUGCAGGGAAAGCUGGAGACAGACUGGCACAAGACUUCUUCAGACAAGAAUAUGUCCUGAACAAUGCCAUUGGCACUUACAGGAAGCCCUAUGUGGCACUUAUUGAUGGCAUUACAAUGGGAGGGGGAGUUGGCCUCUCAGUCCAUGGGCAUUUCAGAGUUACUACAGAGAAGACACUUUUUGCAAUGCCAGAAACAGCAAUAGGCCUUUUUCCUGAUGUAGGUGGGGGAUAUUUCUUGCCAAGGCUCUCAGGAAAGAUUGGCUUUUACCUUGGACUGACAGGGGCUAGGCUGAAAGGAAGAGAUGUCCUAAAAGCUGGAAUUGCUACCCAUUUUGUAGAAGCUGAGAAGCUACCUGCCUUAGAGAAGGACCUGAUAGCACUGAAGUCUCCUUCAAAAGAAAAUAUUGCAGACUUACUGAACUCUUAUCACGUGAAGAGCAAAGUUGAUCAAGAAAAGGAGUUUGUACUUGAUGAACAUAUGGAGAAGAUUAACAGCAUUUUUUCAGCAAAUAGCAUGGAAGAAAUUGUUAAAAGAUUGAAGCAAGAUGGGUCUCCUUUUGCCACUAAGCAGCUAGAGACUCUUAAUAAGAUGUCACCUACAUCCUUGAAGAUAACUCUCAGACAGCUCAGAGAAGGAGCCUCCAUGAGCUUACAAGAGGUUCUCACCAUGGAGUAUGGACUGAGCCAAGCAUGCAUGCAAGGCCAUGACUUCUAUGAAGGGGUCCGAGCAGUGCUGAUUGACAAAGAUCAUUCUCCCAGAUGGAAGCCAGCUGCUCUAGAAGAAGUCAGUGAUGAAUUUGUGGACAAUUGUUUUAAGCCACUGAGAAGCAACGAUUUCAGGCUGUAAAGAUGAAGCCUAUUGACCUGCUUCUACACCUGCUUCAUUCCAUGGUAUAAAAAUGUACAGUAGCAGGGCACAGUCUGACAAGACUCUCAGCUAGCCUGAGACUUUUAAGUUCUUUUGUUCAGAAACAUUCUCUUUUGUUAUACUGCAAUAAUGAUAAAUAAUUGUAUCUCUUGUUAAUAAGGGGAAAAAUUACUUCAAGGCAAAUCAUUAUUUUUACUGCUUUUUAUUUCUUGCAUCAGCUCUUAGUUGAGGAGGAGCCUUUGGGGGAGGCAGCAUACUGAAGGGAUGAGCUAGUAAGUAAAGACAUCAGGAGACCUCUGUGUUCUGGGCUCCCUCUCUGAGCUCUUAAAUUGACAUCGUGCCUCAGAUUCUCCUCUGCACAAUGCAAACAAAAUAGACUUGAAGCUUUCAAGCAGUCAGAGCUCCAAAGGGAAAUGCAAGGUGUGCUGGUGUUAAGUAGUUUUUAAAUAAAAGGUCAGACUGACACAUUAUUAGUCUGGGAGCAAGAAAUUGUUCUAUUGAUUUACCAUUUGGUCCAUGUUCAGUGUCACUGAUGUAGAUGUUGCCUCAAAUGUCAGACUACUGCCAGAGCCUAGAGCACAUUUUUAUUUGUUUGCAAAGCCAUUAUUUUUUUUUUAAAUGCCAUUAAGUUUGAUCAGACUGCAUAAUUAGUUUCCCAUGGUUUCAGACAUUGCAAGUUUCUCUUCAUCUAACCCUUGUGAAGGGAAAACCAACCUCAGCCCUUCUGAGCACUGGGCAGCACAUUUUCUGUUGGAGUGGUUAUCAAAUUGUUUUGGUGGGAGAGAGCAGCCUGGCUCUAAUACUGCCCCUGGCUGGAGUUAUCUGUACCCAUCAGUCUGGCUGCCCACCUUCCCUUUCUUUUGGGUGGAAAAGUUGUGGGAAGUAAGGGAAAUGCAACAAUAUGCACUGAAACUAAUGAAGAGAGGAAACCAUGAAAUCUCUGCUGCUGCAUGGAUUGUGGAACUUAACAACAUAUCCACAAAUGUAUUUGUUGGGAUCAAAAUUCAAAUAUACAUCAAACCCCCCUUGUUUUAUGUUGCUGGGUUCUGAUGCUAAUAAUAAUUGAAGUUAUAUGACACAACCCUUGAUGAAAGGAGAAUUUAUUUUUUUUUGGGGGGGGGGAUAAAAUGAAUUUUUCUCUUAUGAAUGCAAUGCUUAACUUUCUUCCCCAUUAAGUUUGCUUGCUUCUUUAUGGUUAAUCAAUAUAAUAUCAAUAUAAUAAUCAAAUAUUCUCUCUUCAUACUGGUUUCUACACUUACAGGCAGGUCACAGAUACAAAGUUUGGCUUUUUUAUAGAUGAACCACUGAGACUAAAGGAAGAAAUCUUUAGUUCAAAUAACAGAGUCAGUAAUCAGCACCUGAACAUCAGAAAGUCAGAGCCACAGCAGAACCAUUACAGAGUUUUCAGCCAGGUUUAAGGCUCCUUCCUUCCUAGAAGCUGCUGCCUGGAAACAAAGUCCAGGCACUUCAGGCACCAAGGUGAUCUGCUAGAGGGGCUUGCAAAGAAUUGGGUGAGUAAAAUACAGAGAAAAAAUCAAGAACAAAUAGCACCUGGUUUUGUCACUGGCAUCUUUGAGAUGAAAUUGUUAGAAUUUCAUCCAGGAGUUAAUGUGUGUAUAUAUUUGUUAGGAGGCAGUCAUUGAGUUUAUUUUCAAAAGUAUUUGAAAGUUUUAAUUAAUAUAUUUAGGGUAAGUUCUUAAAAUGUGGCUUGAAAUUCUACUUCGUGCUUGUUCUGUAAGAAAUUAAAGCUCCCUCCUUAUUUUUCUAAAUUUUUGUUAUUUCUCAGAUUCUUAAACAGUGGCUGGUUUUAUUUUAUUUUUAAUUGUUCAUUCCAUUAUUUUUGUACAAAAGGAACAAUCUUUAGAGAUUGCAUUUAUUGAAAAACACAGUAAUUCCCAGGGAGUAGGGAUCAUGGCUCCCUCUCUGAAUGUUUUAGCAAGGAUUUACUUCUGUGUCAAACAACUUCAACUUGUGUGUUCAGUUGGUGCCAAUAUUUAUGUGUCUGGGAGUUAUCCCAAGCUCCUGGUAAGAUGCCCAACUCCAGUCUGUCCAUUUUUACCAAAUAAAAGUCUUAACAAAACAGA